AUGUUUACCUCGACUCUCUGGGCACAACCACCUCAAUCAUCUACGUAUCAAAAACAACACUUUCAUUCGAAUGCGUUUCUAAAAAUAAUAACAUCGCUAUUUCUUAAUUCUUGUUUUUAUGAUUGACGCCGAGAGUUUCUAUAAAUUUGUUGAUUCAACAACACAAAUAAACCUAAAAUUAAACUCGGCGAACGUCAUCACACCGAAAAGAGGGACUUGCCCCUAAAAUAUAAAUAAAUUCACAAGAACACCACCGAUCAGACUUCUUCUGUGGCAUAAGUAGUGGCAAGCGGAAUCAGUUUUUGCUUGCUAGUUAUCGAAAACGGAGACGGGACGGAUAAACAAAGUUCUCACCUGCACAUUGCACAAAUAUGCAAUCGAAAUCAAAGAAGAAACUUAUCAAGCGAGGUGAUCGCAUCCUAACAGAGAAGCCCUUUGUCUAUGUUCUACAUUCAAAAUAUCGUAAGGAACGGUGUGACAAUUGUUUAGCAAGCGGUAAACUCCUCAAGUGCUCCAACUGCCAAUAUGUGUUCUACUGCAAUCGAGCGUGUCAAAUGCAAUCCUGGAUGAUGCACAAGCACGAGUGUAGUUCCUUAAAGAAAAUAUGCCCUCGUGUUGUGCCAGAUGCAGCUCGAAUUAUUUUUAAAAUUAUCACCAAACUCGCAUCGGGAGGUGAUUUGAUUAAGAGCUACUAUACGGAAACAUCUUUUCGUAGAUUUAAGGACCUCAUGUCACAUUAUGCUGAAUUGAAAAAUGAUCCGAAGAGAGUGGAACAUUUAGAGGCACUGCACUCGGUACUGUGUGAACUAAUGGAGGAUAAAAGUGUGCCAAAUUUUUCAGAACUAAUGGGAAUAUACGGACGAUUGGUAACGAAUGGCUUCAACAUACUUGAUCCCGAAAUGAAUGCCAUUGCAACAGGAAUUUAUUUAGGAGUUUCUGUGACAGAUCAUAGUUGUAAGCCAAAUGCUGUGGCAACAUUUGAAGGGACAGAAUUACACAUUCACGUAACUGAAGACAUGGAAUACCUCGAUUGGUCAAAGAUCUUCAUCAGUUAUAUUGAUCUUCUCAACACUCCCGAACAGAGACGACAAGAACUGAAAGAUAAUUAUUACUUUUUGUGCAUUUGUUCCAAGUGCAUUGAUCCCCAGGAAUCAAUUGAAAUGAACGGUGGUGUAUGUCGAAAUAAAAACUGCAGUGAAAUGGUUGACAUGUCACUAAAUAAUUGUUCUAAGUGCGGAACUGGAAUCAGCCCAAAACAUAGGAAUACAUACAACGAGGUCUUAGCAAUGACGAAGCAUCAUUUGGCUGAUAUGAAAGAUACAACAUACCUUGAUAUUUGUAAGAUGUGCUUACCGAGGCAAAAAGGAGUACUACACCCGCUGAGUCUGUGGCAUGUGAAAACACUUGAUGCCGCUGUAGAAAGUGCUUUUUCAAUGAACAAAUGGAGCGAUGCAUUAGAAUUUGCAACUCAACUUUUACCAGGAUUUAGAAAAUAUUAUGGUCCGUGGAAUCCAUUGUUGGGACUAUUGUAUGUCAAAGUGGCCAAACUUCAAUUGUACGAAGGUUUUUUCAAGGAAGCGCAACACAAUCUAAAGGAAGCCUUUAAAAUUAUAGAAGUUACACAUGGCCGAGAUCAUAGCUUGUACAAGGACACAUUAUCUUCAUUGAUGGUGCAAAUAACUUACGAGCUUUCCAAGUAGAUAGAGAUUUUAAAACAAAAUGUGAUA